AAGAUUGAAACCUUUGCAAAGAAGAUUUAAAGAUAAACUUGUAAAUAUUGGGAAAGAAAUAUAAAUUUGCUAAACCGUAAAGAGAAAAGACUGAGGAAAUGGAAUCGGAAAAUAUUAGAAUAUUGAAUGAUAUUAAUGUAUUUUCGCUAAUUAUUGUUUGAUUUAUCAUCUUUUAAAAGUGAAUAAGAAUAAUAUUUAUUAAUUUUUGAUAUUAUAAACACAAUGAAGUUUAUCUUCCCACUCGAAGAUCGAAACUAGAGAAGAUGGAUUUUAUAGAAAUCUGUCAUGAAGUGUAAAACCAAUUAUUGUCUAAAUACAUACCGCUCGGAUAAAUUAUUGUCUGAAUACAUACCGCUCGGAUAAAUUAUUGUCUGAAUACAUACCGCUCGGAUAAAUUAUUGUCUGAAUACAUACCGCUCGGAUAAAUUAUUGUCUGAAUACAUACCGCUCGGAUAAAUUAUUGUCUGAAUACAUACCGCUCGGAUACAAACUUGCGCUUCAUAAAAAUGAGAACUCUAAACGGAAUGGAAUAGAAUCUAAUCUUCAAUGAUUUGUAAUAUUUUAUAUAAUUUAUAAAUUAAAGGUAUAUUUCUUUAUAUUUGAACUAUAUUGAACCGUGAACGGUAUUUUUCUUAUGUGUCGGUUCAAUGUUCUAUAAACAAUAAUUAAUCUGUAAGAUUUAUCCAAAAAGUAUAUCAUAUCAUAUUAGAUUAUAUCCGAACUUAAAACGCCAAAGUACGCACAUAUUUAUCGAAAAACCUAGUAUUAUCUUAGCAAUAUACAAUUUUUCUAAUUUAUUUGUUCUAUUUAAAUUGUUUUAUUAGUCCCGGAAAUUGCAAUUUAGAGAUAAAGACGAUCCAAUAUGAUGUGGGACACCCUGUAGGAUAGAAUGGAAUACUGGAGCUGGGAGUGUGUUAUCCUUGUGGUUUCAGAGAUGAUACUUGCUUUGGUCGGAAUAGUUCUUAAUCUGAUAGUUGUGAGUACUGUGAGAAACCAGGAGAGUCUCCAGGCUCACAUGCACACUUUACUCAUCGGUAACAUAGCUUUCUCCAACCUUCUGGUUUCUUUUCUCGCCAAGCCGAUCUCCGCAAUUUAUCUCAGCUACGCUUUCUCCAUCAGAGAGUGGCAGGUUGGAUUAGCGUUCUGUACGUUGUACACACUAACUUAUCACACGACGUGGGUGGUCAUUCCUCUUUCUAUUCUCACUCUUUCAUGGUUAGGGAUCAGCUCAUUGUUCACCAAGGCUCAGUGUUUACGACCUGAAAGUCCAACCUCUGUAAUAAUAGAGGCUGAAGGAGGUCAUGAGGAGAAAACAAGAAGAGUCAGGAUUGUACCAACAGCCAGACAAAAGGGUAUCCUUGUAAGUAUCUGGGUUGUAUCUGGAUUCUACGGACUAAUGGCCUGUUUUCCGGAUAAGAUGAUAAAUGAAGAACUUCUAACAACUGCUUCUCCAACUCUAUCUUCAAACUCGGUUUACAUUCAGGAUGAGGUUGGAUUUUCCUCUACUCUACCUGGUUCCGGAGUAUCCUCUGUUCUGCCUGGUACCAGGAGACCCCGGAAUCCUGAUCUAUCCUACUGUCCUAUUCUCACAUUCGAGGAUAAUGUACUCACCUCAAUUCAACUCUAUCUGUCUCUUUAUAUUCCAGCUCUGGCAGGCCCAAUUCUCUCCUUCCUAGUUCUCGUAGUUCUCUGUCCUUUUCUAUGUGUUUCAACCUUCAGACGAGAACCAGGGAUGGACCAUCCAGCGAUAUCUUGGACCAAUGGACCAGGUGGCCCCUGCUCCUGUAUCCUGACCCCCCUUCUCUCCCUGAUCUAUAUAUUCUCCUACUCCACCCAUAUGCUUUACUCGGAUAACUCAGAUCUACCGAUUAUGGAGAAACUUCUUCUUAAAUAUCAGGUUGGGUUCUGCCAUAUUGUUCUCUUCCCUCUACUCUCAGUGUUUCUCCGUGCUGAUCUUAGAGCUGGAGUAAAGAGAACUAUGCAUGGAAAAGUGAUCUGUGCUGUAGCGAUGGAACCUGAUAACCUACACAGUGUUUAAACCUUGAAAUAUGUAACCUAAACCUGCACAGUGUUUAAACCUUGAAAUAUAAACCAAAACCUG